AUGGUUAAUAGAUCUCUUGAUGUUGAAAAGGAUCCAUUCCGUCCUUGUGAGGAUAACGAGGAAGUGUUAGGUCCUGAAGUACCUUACAUGAGCGCUAUUGGUGGACUAAUGUAUCUUGCAAAUUGCACUAGACCAGAUAUAGCAUUCGCUACUAAUCUGCUUGCAAGAUAUAGUUCGUCCCCUACGCGCAGACAUUGGAAUGGAAUAAAACAUAUUUUUCGUUAUCUUCAAGGAUCAAUUGAUUUAGGAUUAUUUUAUCCUAAGAACUCAAAAUGUGUUUUAGUUGGUUUUGCUGAUGCAGGAUAUCUAUCAGAUCCACACAAAGCUAGAUCACAAACAGGUUAUGUUUUCACAAUUGGUGGAACUGCGGUCUCCUGGUCUUUUUCGAUCUUUCUGGGUUUCGACCAAAGCAGAGAGAUGCCUUUCACCAUUGCAAGACUGAACAUUGCAGACAAAACAAGAAUCUUUGGAAUCGACCAGAUUCUUUCUUCCUCCAUUGUGGAAAGAGAGAGAGAAAAGAAAAGAAGGAGAGAAGAACACAAAAAGAAGAGCUGUGAACUAGUUUAG